UGAAAUUUUAGUUUUUUGUGGAGUUAAUUUCCGUUAUCCGCACUUUAAAUUUUCUUCUUCGUAUAUUAUUCAUUAUUUCUUCUCAAUAAUAUUUUUCAUUUGAACUUUUAUUAUUUCGUUUAAAGAUUUAUAAUUAAUUUGGUUGUUUUUAUAUUUUUAAUACACAUAAGGGACUUUGUUUCCUAUUUUUAAAAUGACCUUCUUCCACUUUACUUAACAACUUUUAUCACAUAAAUUUGAGUUGAUGGGUUUGGAUCAAUCUUUUGACGUUUGGAAUGGUUUUUCCAAAUCCCAACUACUCCGGAUAAUAAUGCAAUUACUCCGUGAUAUGGGCUACAGGAGGAGUUUUGAGGUGCUUCAGGAGGAGUCGAGUUGUGCAUAUCAGGACUCUGAAACGAACGAUUUGGAGAGUUUUAUACUUUCUGGUAAUUUGUAUGACGCAAAGGGCAUUUUGAACCGGUUUAACUUUGACCAGAGCGUUUUUAACGCCUGUAGGUUCCUCAUAUCGCAACAGAUUUUCUUCGAAGCCCUGUACAAUAAUAACUUCGAUGAAGCCUUAAAAGUUCUCAGAGAGCACAUGUCACUUGAGGCUUUUGAUGAGGACUCAAGGCAGCGUGUACAUCAGUGUUCAACCCUCAUGGUUUACCCCUCAAAGUCACUAAAAUCUGAACUUAACUGGGCUCACCAAAACUCUCGUGAGAAACUUUGGAAACAUAUUCAAUGCCUAAUUUCACCCUCCGUUACCAUUCCUCCAAACCGCCUACUGACGUUAUUGAGGCAGGCUGUGGAGCUACAGGAGUUGCAUUGUCUGAACCAUUAUGACAGUGGAGAUGAGUGUGCAGUGUACCCACUAUUAUUUGACCACCGUUGUACUACGUCAAAAUUACCUUCAAGACUGUUGGCCAGACUUGAGAGUCAUACUGACGAGAUUUGGGACGUCUCGAUAUCUCCAGACGGUCAGUUUUUCGCAACGGCAAGUAAGGACGAGAGUGUAAUUUUAUGGUCUGCAACAUACCCGUUUGAAGUGAUUUACCGCUGGAAAGUGCACAGGAAUGUGGUCAGCUGUGUUUCCUGGAGCUCGGAUAGCAAGUUACUGGCGUCCUGUGGCAACGAUGGCUUAAUUGUCAUCUGGAGUCCUUUCUGUGAAGAUUUUUUACAGAAAAUUGAGCCGCACACCGCUGUGGCUACUUCCGUGGCCUGGAUACCAAACACUUGGAAAUUCAUCACCGCAGGGAUGGAUAAGCAGAUGAUGCUACAUGAAGUUGUUUAUACUCCGGAUAACGCUGUAACCACAUCUGAACAGCCCAGUGCUGCAAAUGGCCAGUUAAACUGCGUGGCAUUAAAUGGCACCAGCACUGAGCCUGACACUUCAAUUAGCGAGUUGACUCAGUACACAAUAAACUCAAUUUGUAAAUGGAACUUCGAGACCAGAAUAAGAACUUUAUCAAUUAAUAUGGAUGGGACUUUGGCGAUUUUUGCUACUGUGGAUCGGAUGUUGAGGGUUUGGGAUCUUGUGUCGGGUAAGGAAAUUGUUCCCAUACCUGAAUCAGCCCCUAUAACCACAGUCACUUGUAGUAAACUGUUUAAUCAAGUGCUCGUCAGUGUGGCUGGUCAGAGGCCUGUGAUGAGACUCUGGGACAUUGACGAACGUAGGAUUAUCCAGACUUACCGUGGACACCGUGAGGACCGCUAUGUCCUCAGAUCAACUCUUGGCGGUCCGAUGGAGUCCUUCGUAGUUUCCGGCAGUGAGGACGCUCAAAUUUACAUUUGGAAUAAGAUUUUCGGGUCACUGCUCUCAGUUAUUGCUGCUCACUCGUCCACCGUUAACGCCGUUGCCUGGGCCAACGAUCACCUCAUUAGCGUCUCCGACGAUCAAACCAUCGCCAUCUGGGAACCCGAUCCCACUGAAUAAUAUACUCCAUACAAUAUAUUAAAUAGUAU